AAUUCUCGCCGUCGCGUCCGAUUUCCUCGGAACAUUAGUACUGUAUAGUGCUUUGAAGACAAUCCACUUUUCAUCUCUCCUUGGCCCCUGAAAGUAAUGUAAUGCACUGAAAGGUGGCAGAAAUUUUGAGAGGGGUCUGGCUGCAGCCCGCCUCACACUGGGAAAUUUUCGGUCACGCCGAGAAUCCGUCCAAUCUCGCUUCUGCUUCGAGUCGUUUGGGUGCACGUUGAAACGUCGAGUCCGGUUUAGGUUAGCUUUAGCCGCUAACAAAGAGAACAUAUAACAUCGGAUGAACACAUCGCCGAGCAAGCAAAAAUCAAGUCCCAAAAUGUCUGAUGUCAGUCAAGCGCAUAGUCUUGAACGCCAGGAGUCUGCUCGCAUGGAAGAAGAGGAACAGUCAGCAUACAUCAAGGUGAAGGAAGAAUUCUUCCACAGUAAAGAGGAGCAGGAGGAGUAUUUCAUUCGAAUUGAGAACCCCCACAUUGAGGAGCAGCAGAAACCUCAUCCCCUCAAAAAAGAGGACGAGGACCCUUCAUAUGUUAAAGAGGAGGUGGUGGACGUCCCCGAGUGGACUGGUGAGCCCUUGAAGGGUGAAGAUGGAGGUCCGAGUGAGGCCAGCAGAGGGGCGGAGCCUCUGAGUGGCAGCAGCAGUUCUACAGAAGGAUCCCAAGCAGACAACCUCAUUGCUCAACCAUCAGAUAGCGGCAACGCCAUAUCACAAUUGCUGCUCUGUUUCAGAAAAUAUCUUGGUGGUGAGCGGCACGAGCCAGAAACUCCUGGCGUUAAGGAUGUUGAGCUCCACCAAAUCAAAGAAGAGGAGCCAGAGCCCUGUCAACAGAAGCAACUUAUAAUCAAAAAGGAGGAGGAAGAGCUGCCAAACGUUAAAGAGGAGAAAGGUAUCACCAGGUCGACUGGUGAGGCCUUGACAAGUGAAGAUGGUCCGAGUGAGGCCAGCGGAGGGGUAGAGCCUCAAAGCGGCAGCAGCAGCAGCUCAACAGAAGGAUUGCUAGCAGACAUUUUCAUCGCUCCAUCAGAUGAAAAUGGCGCCAUGUUACAAUUAUCUCACAAUGAUGAUGGUUAUAAGAAAUCUCACAGUAAAGACAAAUGCUCUCAGUGUGGGAAAACCUUUUCUAAUAAGUAUUCUUGUCGUAGACAUAUGAGUAGCAACACUGGUGAAAAACCUUUUGUCUGCUCAGUUUGUGGUCAAAGAUUCAGUCACAAGAGCACCUUAAAAGUACACACACGAGCCCACACGGGAGAAAAACCUUUUUCCUGCUCAGUUUGUGAGCAAAAAUUCAUUCGCAAGAGCCAGUUAAAAACACACACAAGAACCCACACUGGUGAAAAACCUUUUGUUUGCUCAUUUUGUGGCCAAGGAUUCAGUUGCAAGAGCACCUUAAAAAGACACACGAAAACCCACACUGGAGAAAAACCUUUUUCCUGCUCAUUUUGUGGCCAAAGAUUCAAUUGCAGUACCCAUUUAAAAAAACACACAAGAACCCACACUGGAAAAAAACCUUUUCCCUGCUCAGUUUGUGGUCAACGAUUCGCUCUGAAAGAACGCUUAACCCAGCAUUCAAGAACCCACACUGGAGAAAAACCUUUUGUCUGCACAAUUUGUGGCCAAAGAUUCAGUCUCAAGAGCAACCUAAAAAUACACACAAGAACCCACACUGGUGAAAAACCUUUUUCCUGCUCAGUUUGUGGCCAAGGAUUCAGUCACGGGAGUGCCUUAAAAAGACACACAAGAACUCACACUGGAGACAAACCUUUUUCUUGCUUUUUUUGUGGCAAAAGAUUCACUCAAAAGCAAACCUUAAAAACACACACAAGAACCCACACUGGAGAAAACCCUUUUUCCUGCUCAGUUUGUGGUCAACGAUUCGCUCUGGAAGAAUGCUUAACACAGCACUCAAGAACCCACGCUGAAGAAAAACCUUUUGUCUGCUCAGUUUGUGGCCAGCGAUUCAGUCGCAAGAGCAACUUGAAAACACACACAUCCACCCACACAGGAGAAAAACCUUUCGCCUGCUCAGUUUGUGGUCAAAGAUUCAGUCGCAAGAGCAACUUAAAAACACACACGAGAACCCACACUGGAGAAAAACCUUUUGCGUGCUCCGUUUGUGGUAAAGGGUUUACUCAGAAGGCUAUGAUUAAGAAACACUUGUGUGUUGGUGUGAGAAGCAGUGGCCAAUGACUGUUUUGCCUGUCAGUCAUGCUGCUUCAUCCAAUUGUGAACGCAGGACGUUUGUAUUCUGUAGAGCUUCCUCAAAUCCUGUUGAGGAUUGCUACAUUUAGCGCCUGACAUGUGCUUUGACCAAUCCUUGUAUGAUGUGCAUCCACACUAUUGACGAACGUGUCGGCUCACCUGAUUUAACUCUUUCAAGUUAAGUGACAUUAUUUAUAUAGACCCUACUCACAUGUCACAACCACGCCCCCGUGCCAUAUUGUCCGUCAACUCGUUGUGUUGACGCAUUACCGCUACGUAAAUUCCUCCUAUUAUGGCGUGUUUUUCUGCUCGUUAACAUUAAUAAUCAAAAUGGUGAAGGCGUGUGUGGCGGUCGGUUGCAAUAACAGAGAAGAUAGACGGAGAGACUUGAAGUUCUACCGUAUUCCGAGAGACCCGGAGAGGAGAGCGAGAUGGACUGCUGCAAUUCGACGAGAAAACGGGGCUCCAAACGAUUACCACAGAUUAUGUAGUAGUCAUUUUAUAUCUGGUAAGAUGCAUUUAAUAUAUAUUUAGAGGGUUUUGGGCUGACAACCACAAUUAAGAUCAUUGCUAGGCUAAUCGCCGACAACAUACCGUUUCAAAUUCAAGAUGCUUAUUUCUUCCACCAUCUUUAUUUUUUGAAUAAUAUUUAGCUGGUAACAAGUGAAACAAGCUGGCCUCGUCUACGGAUCAUCGGUUAAACAGGGUUGUCCAAACUUUUUGCAAAGGGGGUCAGAUUUGGUGUGGUAAAAAUGUGGGGGGCUACCUGGGCUAAUUUACGUAGAACAAUACAUUAAAAGAAAUUUUAGCAAGCCCUUCUGUGUGUCACAUUUGCUUUAUUAUUAUUAUUUUUAAUUUAUAAUUUCAACAAUCUCGCCUUUGUGGCGUUCUCUUUCGACCCUCGGGCUCUUGCAAAAUACUGCUGCUGUGAAAUUAAAUUAGCUUCAAGUUGCUUUAAUUUCUCGUUGCGUAUCUUCCGUGACUGUCUCUUUGCAAAUGAGGCAGACACAGUUGUGUAUUUUAUUGAAGAAAUAGUCCAAUAUGCACCUAUCCUUGAUGCGUCGCAGUCUUUUUUUUUAAUUGAUUGUCGCCAUUUUAGAAAAUUGGAAGUAAAGGGUCACACGGGGUAAUGUUGCAUAGAGUGCUGCUUUUAAAGUUUUUCAAGGUUUCUUGAGAAUAGGCGAAGACAGCGGGUCGAAAAACAUCGAUUUAGGCAUCAAAUAUGGAUCUGGCGAAUGGAUAAACUGAAGCUUUUCCACAUAGCGCCUUUUAUGCAACGCAUCCAAUGAGUUUACAGCGUCAGAUAACUCCGGGGCUUCCAUGAAUAGCUCUAUAAAUUGCACGACUAAUUGAAACCAUUGAGAAUAGGGCUAAACAAUGACGGACAAUAUGGCGGCCGAUACAGCGACACGUCAUUUUGUGACGUUGGUGAGUAGGGUCUAUAGUACUCUGUCUCAUUUAUUUUACACUCUCUUACUAGCACUGAAUUGUGGAACAAAAAGACUGCUUCCGAAUAGCCAGACCUGUCCACUAACUCCAAAGUGUAUCUUUACUUUUACACAACAAGUAAAAGUGUUUUGAAAACAAUCCACUCUCUGCCAUGAGUUGCCACUCCCAUCAGUUCGUGGCCACGUUGACACGGCUUAAUUUUUGGCAUAAUGUGAUUUGAAUAAUUUUCUUUUUGAGAUUAAUUUCUUGAUUUUUAUAUUAGUUGUGUUUAGCCUAUCAUUGAUUGGUUUGAUCAUUUGAUAAGACUCGACUAAAGGACCACAUCCAAUUUGUUGUACAUUAUAUGCAAUGGUAAAGACAAUCAGUGUGAGUGUUCAAAUAAUAGACAUAAAUAUUGCACGAAAAAAGUCAAUCUGAUGAACGUAUGAUUUUGUAUUUUUUGUAAACUGCGGAUCCGUUUUGGUUUUUCUUCUAUCCACAAUCUUUUGGGACAUUGAAAACAGAUUUUGUUGUGUACAAUUUUCACCACUAGAAGACAGACUUUCCAUCCCAAAGGCCAACAUUUCAACAAUAAAUCCAGCUCAAAAUCAGUUUAUUUCCAUAUUUAGAAAUAUUUCAUAUUUUAUCCUGAUAUUAAGUGAUAUAGCUAUUUUAUGAACCAUUACUGUUUAAAUGUUAACACUUUAGCAGCCAAUUUAUUCAUGUUGGGACAAUAUACUGAAGGAAAAAUGGUUUUUUUCUAACAUGCUAAUCGAUAAUCGUAGACAGUCCUGCUUCUAUUGUUUUGUUUCUAGAGGAAUCUGUGUUUUAAAUAUCCUGUUAACCGUUUAACCCUCAAGGUUCCUUGUGUUUUUGUAAAAGGACUCCAAUAACGACGACGUGUUCAAAAUCAACAAUUUAUUGCCCUGCGUUCCUGACAGAGGAGUCUGCACAUACAGCCUGCUGGGUCAAAGAGCUACUCCUAUCCUAGGCCAAAAAACAGAUCGGCGUUGACUGACCCAGACUGUCUGACUUGCAAGCUAUCUUGUAGAUGUUUCAACUGAGGAUACCAUAAAUUUUGGCAAGCUAUCUGCACUCUCAUUUUGGAAAUUAUUUGAUCUGCCUUUGAUCUUCGUUUGGAAAGU